UAACAAAAAAAAAAAAACCCUAAACUCUAUUUCUUAACAAUAAUAAUGAAGAACUUUGCUGCUAUCUUCCUCACUUCUUCCCUUAUUCUUCUUCUUCAAACCCUCCACAGCGUUAAAGCCGGUUUUGUCUGCGUAGGCAGCUCCUUCCCCACCAACAGUAGCUACCACGAAAACCGCGACUCUCUCUUCUCUACUCUUUCUGAUAAAGUCACCACAAACGGUGGAUUCUAUAAUGCUUCACUCGAUGGAGUUCACGUUCUUGGCCUCUGUAGAAGAGACUACGAGCGGCAAGGUUGUAUCAACUGCGUCGAAAAAUCCAUUCGACAGAUCAAAAGAAGUUGUUCUAAUCGUGUUGAAUCGUUCAAUUGCGACAGUGACGAUGGAGACCGUGUUUCUUGUCUUGUACGUACCACGAAUCAAUCAACUUAUCGGAAACUCGAGCUUGGACCAGCUACAAAUGACCCAAGUCCUGUUUUUAUCGACACAUCCGCCAAGAACAUGACCCUUUUCCGUCAAGAAUGGGAAGCAAUGGUUGACCGGACGGUCGAGGCUGUAACCAUUGACAAUUCCACAACGGUUCUCAAGUAUUACGGUGCUGUCAAAGCAGAGUUCACUGAGUUUCCAAAUGCAUGGAAGUGUUGGGUUGCGGGCGAGGCAGCGAGUAUCAUCGAUCAUGUCCUCAGUAGGAGCCGAAGAAACGAAAUCAUGAGAUUCAUCCACAUUGGUUUGUUGUGCGUUCAAGAGAAUGUUGCAAAAAGACCAACCAUGAGUUUAGUUAUUCAAUGGCUUGGAAGUGAGACUAUCACCAUUCCUUUACCUACAGCUGCUGGUUUCACCGAUGCAUCGAAUCAAGGCAGAGAUGAAGCUGGUACAUUAUCACUAAAUGAGCUCUCAAUCACCGAGUUAAGUCCUCGUUGAAACCAAAAUCUCUCUUUGUAAACUCUUACAUCUAAGUGUUAUGCAGAAAGAGAGAUAAAGUGUACUUCCAGGUCAAAGAGUGGAUAAAUUCAUCUGAUACAC